AUGCAGUCGCUGUCCCUCCGCAGCAGCCUCGACAACAAGUCCCGCUCCAACAACACCACAUCCUUUUCGAGCGCGACCAGCUCGGUGUCGUCGGCCUACUCGCGCAACGCAGAGGGUAUGCUCGAACGUAUCGCUACCCACCCGGACAACACCACUCUCCACCUCUGGUCGGCUGGCAACAUUCGCGUCAACAGCCACGACCUCACCAUGCCCGCUCCCGAGGCGGCGGACCUGGUCGCUACUCUGCGUGCCGAUUCACGGUUCCAGUUUAUCUCGAUCGUGUACCUCGACGCCGAGGGCGACGAGUGGAAGGCGUCCUACCGUCUCGUUACGGGCUCGAGCUCGGACAUCGGCUCGCUUUAG